AUGAAAGUCACUAUCAAGGAGUGGAAUUCCGUCGCCACAUGGCAGUGGGAUAUUCCUGAAGACGACGUCUGCGGCAUCUGUCAGGUACACUUUGACGGGACGUGUCCCACCUGCAAAUAUCCUGGCGACGAUUGUAGCCUAUUAUCUGGAAAAUGCGGUCAUAAUUUUCACAUGCACUGCAUCAUGGAGUGGAUUAAGCAGGAGUCGGCAAAGGGACAAUGCCCUAUGUGUCGACAGCCUUUCGAGUGGCAAGAUCAAGCUAAUGAGACGGAUGGGCCCAACGAUACUCCCAUACCAACAGAUUGAGGUAAUGAUGUGGGAUAGAGACGAGGCUUCCGAUACAUUGAGCAUCAGUGUGCCUGAAGAUACACGUAUACAAGUGCUAAUAUUAUCAAAUUGAAAUCAUUAUUAUUG